UAAAGUAGUACUGCGCAUGCGCGGCAUCCCUACGACUCGCCGUAGAAAGCGCAAGUGUUCGGAAAGGAAACAUGUCAUAUAUGGUGUCGCUGUGCUCCACAGCUUCGUGGCUUCUGCCGACCGCUGCCGCCUGCGCGGCCGCCAAGAGAAGCGCGCAGCCGGCCAUGAGCAUCGACGAGCUGCCAUCUCUAUACACCAGACCCAAGGAGGAUCAGAGCUGCGUGGAUCCAAUGGUGGCGGUGGGCCAGAUGGAACAGAGCGUGGCAUCAUUGAGGAAAUGGGUGGAACCGUAUACAGAUCAAUGCCAGGUAUGGUGUCGUGCUUACAUGUACCAGUUGUUCAGCGCUCCGCCCCCUGAUCUGUAUCCCAGCGUGGCGGUGGUGGGCUUCUCGGGCUUGCUGGGACUCUACUUGGCCAAAGUGUUGACACAAAGCUUGCGGUGUCAUCUUUCAGACAUGUACCAGUUGUUUAGCGCUCCACCCCCUGAUCUGUAUCCCAGCGUGGCGGUGGUGGGCUUCUCGGGCUUGCUGGGACUCUACUUGGCCAAAGGGUCAAAGGUGAAGCGUGUGGCGUUUCCACUGGGCCUCAUGGCCCUGAGCGCCUCCAUGUUCUACCCUCAACAAGCCUCUUCGCUAUUCAAGGGGGGUCGGGACUCGGCGCGGGUGUGGGUUCACAGCGGACGCGUCGCCGUGGAGACACUAUGGAAAGAGCCGCCAUUCGGCAAACAGAAGCCCGAGAAGACGGAGCGGCGGGAGGGCGGCGGCACGUCCAGCUGAAGCCAGACAAGUCUCUCACACACACGCACGCACUAAAUCACCAUUAGUUAAAAUUUAAAUUAAUUUUAUUUUCCUUCAGCGUACACAGGAACAUGUUGAAUGCUCAGUGGGAGCCAUCAUCUUGUUAGAACUGCUCAAGUGUUUUUCCAUGAAUUAUGAAUGAUUUAAUAUCCACAAGUCGCUGAUGGUGUAGUGGUACACACGCCGGACUUGUGUGCGGGCAGCGUGGCAUCGAUUUCCCACUCGGUGAUGGUGUGGAUGAGGGUGUGAAUAGUCGUUUGUCUCUAUAUGUGCCCUGGGACUGACUGGUGACCAGUUCAGGGUGUCAGCUGGGAUAGGCUCCGGCAACUCCCCUGCGACACUGCUCAGGAUAAUCCGUGUUGAAAAUGGAGUGAUGGAUCGAUAAUACCCACAAGACACAGAUGGCAGUUAUGUGACAAAAGGUCCACGUCAACAUUUGAAUGAACUGCACUUACUUUUAAUGUAAUAAUAAAGGACACAUACAAUCUAUCCUUUCUGUGAUUGGCCUGAUUUGUCCGAAAGGCUUUUGUCGCUAUCAAAUUCAUGGGUAUGUCAGCCACCAUCUUGGAAAGUUAUUUCGAGUUGUGUAGCUUACUUCAUACUUGUACGACAUGACCCGUGUGUGUGUUUUAUCCCUGAAUGUUGUGAUCCAAAUAACACAAUUGAAAUCUUGUACAAAACAACUACCGCUAAUAUAUAUGAACACACACUACUAUGUUACCUAAACCAAUGGGCUUUGAAUGUAUUGGAGAAAAGUAAGUGACAAUUGACAAUAUGUUAUCAAGUGAUUUUAUUAUUGCUAAGUGGCUUUAGCAUGUGGCAUCUACAAUCUCAAGUCAACAUUUAAAAAAA